GAUCGCGCGGCCGCCGCAGAGCAUGGCGGGCCCCGGCAAAGAGCACCUGUACAAGGUGCUGGUGAUCGGCGACCUGGGGGUGGGCAAGACCUCCAUCAUCCGCCGUUACGUGCACCACACCUUCUCGCACAACUACCGGGCAACCAUCGGCGUCGAUUUCGCGCUGAAAGUGCUGAGGUGGGAGGCCGACGAGACGGUACGCCUGCAGCUGUGGGACAUCGCCGGCCAGGAGCGCUUCGGCAACAUGACGCGGGUGUAUUACCGCGAGGCCACGGGCGCGAUGAUCGUUUGCGACGUCACACGCCCGAGCACCUUUGAGGCGGUGCUCAGGUGGAAGGAGGACCUGGACUCCAAGCUGACGUCAGGGGAUGGUCGAGGCGUCGCCACCGUUCUUCUGGUCAACAAGUGCGAGCAAGGUCGCAAGCUCGCCAACGGCGGACUCAAGAUAGAGCAGUUCUGCAGGGAGCACGGAUUCGCCGGCAUCUUCGAGACCUCCGCCAAGGACAACGUGAACAUAGACGAGGCGGCCAACUUCCUGGUAAAGCAAAUCAUGGCAAGAGAGCACACCUUCCAGAGGCGAAUCGCCGCAUCCGACAGCAUCACGGCGCAACUGGACCCAAAACGCCAUCAGCCCAACGGAUGUGGAUGCUUGAAGUGAAGACCCUCACAGACUUCAUUUUACACACCACUUUUGUUUUAGUUAACUUAUUUGCCUUAUUUUGGCACCUGACACUGCUGAAGUAGUGGUACUAUUUAUUCUAUGAGCUUUCAAACUUUUACAGCAUCAAAAUCCGUGUGUUGUGUAUUUGUGUAAUGUGUAAUAUGUGUCCUACACAUAUUAACGUUCCAUCCAUCGUGACGAUCAACAUCAAUUAAAGUAAGUACAAAGACUAGGUUUAUCAUUUACAAUAUUUAUUUGUCAUCACUUACGAAAGUUAAAAAUUGCACCAAAGUAUUAAAGAAGAAAUGCAAAUGCUUUGAUACGAAAACUCAAAGAAAACUGAAUUAUACAAUCUCAUUGUUCUGGUACACAAAUAUGAACCUAAUUAAUUGUUAGGCUAACGAUCAAGGCAAAAUAAAUCUGUAUUGAUAUAUACUAACUUUCACAUGUAUUGGUUCAGGUGAUACACCGAUUCAAACUUUUGUUUUCAAACACUUCUAAAGAAACAUUUUGAAAAUGUCCAGAAUAAAUGUCUGGAUUUUAUUAGCAACUUUAAAUUUCAGUAAUUGAACAUAACUUAAAUUAUAUUAACAUACACAAUAAAUACAAACAAUAAUCUCUUAACUAUCCAGGAAUGCAAAAAAAAACUUUUGUCUUAAGACCACUCAACAUUGUCUAAAUAAAAACAAAUAUAAUUUAAAAAAAUAUUCUUUAUCAGGGUUUAACAACAAUAAAUAAAAAUGGAGCCUUCGUUUCAGGCACA